AUGUCUCGAUCGAACCCCCCUAACGCUGCGGGGUCCCGCAAGAUCUCGUUCAAUGUGAGCGAGCAGUAUGAUAUUCAGGAUGUUGUUGGUGAGGGUGCCUACGGUGUCGUCUGUUCCGCCAUUCACAAGCCCUCCAGCCAAAAGGUCGCCAUCAAGAAGAUUACUCCUUUUGAUCACUCCAUGUUCUGCUUAAGAACCCUGCGAGAGAUGAAGCUGUUGCGAUACUUCAACCACGAGAACAUCAUCUCCAUUCUCGACAUUCAGAAGCCCCGAAGUUACGAGUCAUUUAACGAAGUCUACUUGAUCCAGGAGCUGAUGGAGACGGAUAUGCACCGUGUCAUCCGCACCCAGGAUCUUUCUGACGACCACUGCCAAUACUUCAUCUACCAGACCCUCCGCGCCCUCAAGGCCAUGCACUCAGCCAACGUGCUGCACCGUGACUUGAAGCCUUCCAACCUUCUCCUCAACGCCAACUGCGAUCUCAAGGUGUGCGAUUUCGGUCUUGCGCGAUCCGCUGCCUCGCAGGAGGACAACUCUGGUUUUAUGACCGAAUACGUCGCGACCCGAUGGUACCGUGCGCCCGAGAUCAUGUUGACUUUCAAGGAGUACACCAAGGCUAUUGAUGUGUGGUCAGUUGGCUGCAUUCUCGCAGAGAUGCUGAGCGGCAAGCCCCUUUUCCCCGGAAAGGACUACCACCACCAGUUGACACUCAUUCUGGAUGUGCUGGGCACACCCACUAUGGAGGACUACUACGGAAUCAAGUCGCGCCGUGCUCGAGAAUACAUCCGAUCGCUCCCCUUCAAGAAGAAGGUUCCCUUCCGAACUCUAUUCCCCAAGACCUCUGAUCUCGCUCUGGAUCUGCUUGAGAAGCUCCUCGCUUUCAACCCUGUUAAGCGCAUUACUGUGGAGGAGGCCCUGAAGCACCCAUACCUCGAGCCUUACCACGACCCUGAGGACGAGCCAACAGCACCCCCAAUCCCCGAAGAGUUCUUCGACUUUGACAAGCACAAAGACAAUCUGAGCAAGGAGCAGCUGAAGCAGUUGAUUUACCAGGAGAUUAUGAGGUAA